AUGCCCGAAGUACCAGAAGUCCCUGCCUUUAAUCUAACGGAAUUGGACCACAAGCUCCUGGCCAUGACCGACGAGGAGUACGUAUACCACGACUGGGAAGACCUAAAAAGCAUCAUCGCACGAAAUGACCUCGGCGCACUCAAGCGGAAGCCUUCCGAUCUCCGCCGGUACCUGGCCUGGACACAAGAGACUAAAGUCCAGUAUGGCACGAUCAUGAAUUAUAUUUGCCAGCGGCGAUUAAAGUGGGAUUUGCCGCUGAACACUGCCAGCGGCACUGGCUCCGCGGUUAUCCAGCAAAGCGGGACAGCGACCUUCAAGAACCCGCGUCCCUUUGCCGAUCCCGAGGACUACAAGAUCCUCCGCAAUGACUGGCCCUAUGGCCUCACCCCCGGAAUCUCACAUCUUGUCGUGUGGCUACGCACUCCUAUCCCCGUACAAUCCGAUGAGGGCCAUUUGACCGAUGAAUCUCGUGCAAUCAUCAACGGUUUUGUUCAAAAGACUUUCGUGCACCGAUUGGCUAAGGAUCCCCAAAACUUCUCGGACCCUGACUCCCAUGUGCUAUGGUUUAAGAAUUGGGUUGGCCUACAGAGUGUGCGGGCCUUGGAGCAUGUCCAUAUUUUGGUCCGUGAUGUCCCCGAGGAUAUCAUAUUCGAAUGGGUAAACGAGUGA